GCAGCCAAUCGGCAGCAAGGUCAGAGGUCACCACUAUAUCAGCUCUAGCUCGGAGGCAAAAUAUUAGUUGGGACAUUAGCUGCGAUACUUGCCAUAAUUUGAUCUUUCUUGCACUCAUGGCACCCAUUCUACUGAACUGCAUGGGGAAUGACCACAGUGACCACAACAAGCCACACGUCCAGGUGAAAAACCCUUACUUGGACACCAUGGAGGAGGACAUCCUCUACCACUUCAGCCUGAGCACCAAGUCUCACAACCUGCCAGAGAUGUUUGGCGACAUAAAGUUUGUGUGUGUCGGUGGCAGCGCCAAUCGCAUGAAGGCCUUCGCACAGUUCAUCCACGAGGAGCUGAAGCUGCCUGGCAACCCGGCGGAAAUCCGAGAUAUAUGCGAGGGAACUGACCGCUACUGCAUGUAUAAAGUGGGACCGGUGCUUUCUAUUAGUCAUGGUAUGGGCGUCCCGUCCAUCUCUAUUAUGCUGCACGAGCUCAUCAAACUGCUGCACCACGCCCACUGCAGGGAUGUGAUCCUGUUUCGCCUGGGGACAUCGGGUGGUGUUGGUCUGGCCCCGGGCACGGUGGUAGUGACCGACAAAGCAGUGGACUACUCUUUCAGGCCCCAGUUUGAGCAGGUGGUGCUGGGUAAAGUGAUCACCCGGAGCACCGUGCUGGAUGAAGGGGUGGCCAGCGAGCUUCUGCAGUGCUCCUCUGAGCUCCAGAACCUUCCCACCGUGAUUGGAAACACCAUGUGCACACACGACUUCUACGAAGGUCAAGGUCGACUUGACGGGGCUCUGUGCUCCUUCUCCCACGAGGAAAAGCUGGAGUAUCUGAGGAAAGCCUACGAAGCAGGAGUGCGGAACAUCGAAAUGGAGUCCACCGUCUUUGCCGCCAUGUGUCGCGUCUGCGGCCUCAAAGCGGCUGUCGUCUGCGUCACAUUGUUGAACCGCUUCGAGGGAGACCAGAUCACGUCCCCUCAUGACGUCCUGGUGGACUACCAGCAGAGGCCCCAGGCUCUCGUGGCCCACUUUAUUAAGAAACGCCUUGGCCAUGUUGUCUAAAACCACAGCACUGCCAUACCCCUCUGAAAUCAGUAUACACUAUAUUGCCAAAAGUAUUUGGCCACCUGCCUUGACUCACAUAUGAACUUGAAGUGCCAUCCCAUUCCUAACCCAUAGGGAUCAAUAUGAUGUUGGUCCACCUUUUGCAGCUAUUACAGCUUCAACUCUUCUGGGAAGGCUGUCCACAAGGUUGCGGAGUCUUUUUUUAACAGGAAUUUUCGACCAUUCUUCCAAAAGCGCAUUGGUGAGGUCACACACUGAUGUUGGUCCAGAAGGCCUGGCUCUCAGUCUCCGUUCUAAUUCAUCCCAAAGGUGUUCAGGUCAGGACUCUGUGCAGGCCAGUCAAGUUAACCCACACCAGACUCUGUCAUCCAUAUCUUUAUGGACCUUGUCAUGAAAAACAACCCCACACCACAAUUCUGAUCAUUUGGAUGGGUGGCCAAAUACUUUUGGCAAUACAGUGUAUAUAAAUUCAACUGAUGUGUAUAUACUCUAUUUAAAGGGGAACUGCACUUUUUUUGGGACGUUUUUCUCUCGUUCACAAUCCUUAUAAGAGACAAGAAGACAAAAGGUUGGUUUUUUUUGCAUUCUUAUUUGUUCUAAUUCAUCCGAAAGGUGUUUUAUCAGAGUUCAGGUCAGGACUCUGUGCAGGCCAGUCAAGUUCAU